AUGCCGGAAGCGCCGCUUACAUGCGACGAGGUCCUAGGCCGGGGAUGGAACGACUUUUCCGAGGACGAGAAGCGGUCGCUGCUCCGUGCGGAGCGCAAGAAGAUGACGGAGACGCUGGACCAGCUGCACGAAGACUGUCGGCCGCCCAUGAAGGCGUUUGACGGCUGGUACGAGCUGGCGCCGUUCCAGCUCCGAUGGAACUUUGACGAGUAUCUCGACGAGGUGCCCGAGACGAUUCAGGGCUCCCCGCUGCCGAUACCCGGGGCCCGUGCCAUUAUCGCUCCCCACGCCGGCUACGCCUACUCGGGACGGUGCUCCGCGUGGGCCUUUCGCUGCCUCGACCUCGCCCGGGCCAAGCGCGUCUUCGUGCUCGGCCCGACGCACUACUUUUACUUUCGCGGCCUCGCCCUGUCCACGUUUGCCUCGUACAGCACGCCCCUCGGCGCCUUUCGGGUCGACCAGCAGACGCUGCGCGACGUGCGCGCGGCUGCCGACGCACUCGGCGGCGCGCCCGACGUGCGCAACAUGCCGCGCCGGCGCGAGCUCGACGAGCACAGCCUCGAGAUGGAGAUUGCGUUCCUGUACCAGCGCUGCGAGGCCGUCUUUGCCUCGCCCGCCGACUUUCCCGCCAUUGUGCCGAUGCUCGUCUCCGGCGACGCCGACGACGAGCGCGCCGUCGGCCGCCUGCUGCUGCCGUACCUGCGCGACCCGGCCAACGCGUUUGUCGUGAGCUCGGACUUUUGCCACUGGGGCCGCCAGUUUGGCGACUACAGGCCGUACUUUCGCGGGGGCGACCGCGCGCGCCGCGUCAACCUGCGCGACGCCGACGCCCCGCCCUCCCCGCCCAUCCACGAGAGCAUCAAGAUGCUCGACGACGAGGCGAUUGCGGCCAUGGAGACGGGCUCGCACGACGCGUUUGUCGCCAACCUCGAGGAGACGGAGAACUCGGUGUGCGGCCGCCACCCGAUUGGCGCCAUGAUGGCGGCGCUGGAGCUGCUCGGUGCCGACGGCGCGCCCGAGGACAGGCCGCGGUUCAAGCAUGUCCGGUAUGAUCGCAGCGCGCUGCUGACGGAACCGACAAAGUCGAGCGUGAGCUACAAUAGCAUUUCUUAA